GUGACCCCUGACCCCCCCCUCAGGGAGCGCGAGAGGAUGAGCGGCGGGCGGCGGAAGGAGGAAUCGCCUCAGUCGCCCGUGGCCAACGGGGCGGUCCGGGCCAAGGCCUGGGCCAAGGCGCUGAGGAGCGACGCCGCCUGGGACGACAAGGAUGAAUUUUUAGAUGUCAUCUACUGGUUCCGACAAAUCAUUGCCGUCAUCUUGGGAGUUAUCUGGGGAGUCGUGCCACUGAAGGGAUUCAUAGGCAUCGCAAUAUUCUGCUUGAUCAACGCUGGAAUCCUGUACCUGUACUUCAGCAGCUUCCAACAGAUAGACGAGGAAGAGUAUGGUGGAACAUGGGAACUGACAAAAGAAGGAUUUAUGACGUCUUUUGCACUGUUUUUGGUUGUUUGGAUAAUCUUUUACACCGCCAUCCAUUACGAUUGACUCGGUCUACCGUCCGCACCUGCCAAAGCUGUCAGAGCAAAGAACAUUACAAUUUCAGCCUGCAGAGGACUGGGGCGAGGGGGAGUGAAUAGCCUUUUGUACUAAUAAUAGUCAGAGGGGCAUUUCAACUACAUGGAGCUUGGGAAAACCAAUUCUCCUGAACUGAGAAGCCUGUUGGUUAUCACUGUUUUAUAAAAAAAAAAAAAACCAACCAAAAAAACCCCAAUACCGCAUCUUGGAACUUUUUAAAAACCAUCAGUUUUUGUUUUUUCCCGUUUGAAACCGGUCAGGACUACUCAAUUACCAGCUGUUGUCCAGGUCUUCGUUGAAUUGUCGCUAAGCACCAGUUUGUUGAAUGGAUCUAGUGAUUUAACUUGCGUUUUACUCCCCUAAAAUGUGGAUGAAGCGCGAGUUGGUCUGUCUUCCAGUCGUCCUCCAGGCACCCGAUUUUUAGAAACAGUACAUUCAAGUAUUUAAAGUCAUUUUAUGCAGUCAACGUGGCAAUAGGGUUGUGCUUCGUAGUACAUGGCAGCCAGUAGCGGCCCUCAAUUUCCAUUUUAGAGUGCUUAACGAUAACUUGAAUAAGUCAAGUCUUUAAUCGAGUCCCCUGUUAAGAUAUAUGUUGUUUUCUCCUCAUUAGAGUCCAAGAUCUCUAAAACAUAGAACUGUCCAUUGGUGUUUAUCUUUCUUUGAUUUAAGGGGGAGCGAUCUCAUUUUAAACAGUCAGUAUGCUUAAAGCCAAUCAAGCAAGCUACGUACAGCAAUUUUCACAGCCCACCUGAAUUGAAUAGCAUAAGUGAUAGAAAAUCAUUUGAAUAAUACCUCUAAGGUUUGUAAAGAGAUAGGUUCUGAUAUUUAAAACUUGUAGUCUAUAAAGUAAAAUCAGGGUUAGCGAUAUGAUCGUACAGAGGAGCUGAGAUCGCUAGAUUGGGCAGUUUUACAAGCCCAUUCAUCGGCUGUGAUUGAAUAAAGAGAAGGCAGUUGACUAAAUUCAUAAUCUCUUGGAAGUUUUAAUGGAAGUAUCAAGUUUACUCGGACAGACUUGGCUGCCUUUGACUCAGGGCCAUAUUUUUGUAUGGGUAUUUCUCCCAAUAACGUCAGUAUUGAAUUCCGUCUUAUACUGAACCCCUGUUCCGUGUGCUAAAUGUAAAUGACUCUCCAGAUCGGGCUACUUUGGGUUUUUUUUCUUUCUUUUGUCUUGGAAAUCUGGAAUGAGUGUGGGUGGAACAUUCGAACUCCAGGAGGAACAAUGCUGCGGAAUAAUAGCUUCCACAGAGCUCCGUGCUGUUGGGAGAGUCAGGUGUUAGCAUGGUUUGGGGUCACAUGACCAGGCUAUAUCUGGAUUUGGCCCAGGCCUCAAGAAAGAUACCCGAGGCUGGGGGCUUUUCCCUCUUUUUUUGAGGAUCAUUCUGCAAGACUCUUCUCCAAAGCAUUUUGUAGCGGCCCUGGGUCACUCCCGCUUUGAUAGACCCUCUAAAAUGGGGAUUAAAUCCUACUCAGACUGUGAUCCCCACGUGGGGACAGGGACUAAUAAAUGUGUAUGUACCCCAGUGCUUAGAACACACAGUAAGCACCUAACAAAUACCGUAAAACAAAACAAAAGAGAUCAGGCCUUCCCCAAAUGGGGCAAGCCAGUUAUGGCUUUUUUUUACAGACCAACUGUGGAGAAAUUCUAGAGAACGUGCUAUGAUACUCUGUCCACCAGCUCCUCCAAGUUUGCCAGAUUUAUACCUUAACUCCUGAAAAGGGUCUUUCCUGUUUGGUUGAUCCCUUUACCCUUUUCUCCUCCAAAACUAGCUCUGCCCCCUUCACCGUUACAGAAUGUCUACCGUGGUGCGUUAGCAGUAAAAAAAGCCGUCCUGGUUGUGUCUCGCAGCCGUCAGGCUCGUGAAGUAGACUUCGGGUGGUCCCCGGGGUCGGUAACUUUAGUAUCGGGCUAGGGGAAGCUGAGGUUCAGGGGUCUUUGUCGGGAAGGAUGACGGAGAACGAGGUAGCGGUGGUUUGAAUGAUUUGAGGGGGGGUCUCUGCUCAGACCGGAAAAAGAACCGUCUGGUUUUCGGGUCGGCCUUCAUCUCGGAGAGCCCUGCGAUGGUGGGAACCACCUCAGCGAGGAGACGUCGGGAAAUCGAGGGCUCCACCGUCUUCCGAAGAUUGAAGUGUUCCCUCGUCGGCGAUCCACCCUGGAAUGAACGUCCUUAGAUGGAAGAGCCCUGAGGAGAGAAACCCAGGAAUUGCACCGGAUGAAGGCAGUAAGAGCCGAGUGGCAGGGGCCCGGGUUGUCCGUGGGAGCCUCACUUGGGACAAAAGGAGCCCUUUCAGGACUCUCAGCCUGCCCAGGAGCGGACUGGGAGCCAAGCACUUAAGAGAAGUGAGAAAGUGGUCGAAUCGGUAUCGCCGAUGACGGUGGAGGGAGCUUCCAGGUCUGUUCUGUGAACGUUCUCGCUACAUCUCCAUUAAACCCUAUUUGACCU